AUGCAACAGUGCCCUUCACACAUGGCAACUGGGCGUGACGGUGGUGCGGAGCAGACGUCACCGGCUUCAUCACCGCCUUGUACCGCUCUGCGUCGUCGUCGCUUUCAAUGUCUACGCUCCGAACAUCAGAGCACGAACGAAAGCGUUCUGCGCACGCUGCUCCCACUGCAGUCGCUUGGGGAACUUGAGGCGUCCGUGCCGCAACCCGCGGACUAUGUGGUUUACAAGGGAUUCCGGUACGCCCGGCCCUACGUUCACGCCUAUCAAGCGUACUGUAAAGCGCGUUGGAUCGGGCUUCGACCCUGCGACGCGCUCGCGGCCGAGUUCCCGUACCUACCCGCGUCAUACUGGCGGGAAGCGCAACGCACCGGUCGACUGCUCCUUAACGAUCGUCCGGUUCCAACUGACUGUGUCCUAAGCGGACACGGUGUUGAGCGUCUUACCCAUAUCGUGCACCGACACGAGUUGCCCGUCGUGUACACCGAGCGGAUUCCGGUGCUGUACGAGGACGCGCAUCUGCUAGUCGUCGAUAAACCUGCAUCCAUUCCGGUCCAUCCGGGCGGUCACUACCACCGUAACGCACUACAGCAGUUGUUGCGCAUGCAACGGCAUCUCGAGCGCUUCGCUUCGCCAGCGCUACCAUGCGAGACUGCAGAAUGCACGACAUUCGCAUCGACCGCACCGGGCGACUUGUCUGCAGCAUUGGGUGCGGCCGGAGCGUGCUCCCCGGUGGCAAUGUCAACGACCGUGUAUGACGCGUCGACAGCGGCAAUAGAGACACCAAGCGCGAAUGCAUUGCAGCAUGCACCAACAACAACAACAACAACAGCAGCAGCAGCAGCAGCAGCAGCAGCAGCAGCAGCAAAGCGAACAACACAACCGCUGUGGAUACUCAAUGCCGAGGAACAUAGAAAGCACGAGCCGCAAGUCGUAUCGCCGGAUACCUCGAAACCGGAGACGCUGCAUGUGAUCCAUCGCCUCGACAAGGAGACAUCCGGCGUCGUUCUGUUCGCCAAAAACAAAGAUACUGCUCGAAGGUUUUCCAUCGAAUUACAAAAGCAGAGUACAGAUGUCGGUGUCGGGAAGAGUGAAAGCAGCGCCCCGUUGAACCUGCGCAAGCUUUAUCUUGCUCAAGUAGAAGGUAUCUGGAGCAGCUCGGACGUGAUCGAAGAAGCGCCAGUACCGGAAGUUACAUCCAAGGCAGCGACUCUGUCUAUGACAGACACGAAACACCUCGUCCAAGCCCUAUUCCACUCAUUCGAGGAGCAACGCAGAACGAGGGAACAAGCCGAUCAGGUGCAAGGCGCGCCCCGACCGUACCACACCAGUGCACGUCUCGUACCAGACGCGGAUAGUGAUUUGAUAUCUGCACCGAACGCAUUGACUCCACUGAAACCGGCGACAACUGGUGACCAGACGCGUACACGAGCGCACAGCGAGGCUGCGCCUUUGGAUAUCCUAGGCGUAUCGAGAAAGCGGGCCCGAAACAGUGACGAGGUCCAGGCCUUGGUCCAGGCAGCUGUUCGCAGUCCAGACGCGUGGCGGUGUCUCGAAGCUGUCGCCGAGACGCGCGGCGUUCACGUCAUCCGCAACGACAAGGACAAUGCAUCUGAUCUCGUGCAUCGCGCAACAAGAGUGCCAGCGACGACGACGACGACGACGACGAUACCCCCCGAUGCCAAUGCACCGAACGCCGAAUCCGGUGCAGUGACGUGCCCGGCGCUGCGCACUUUGUUUCGAGUACGCCCUGGUCCAGUUGCCUGCGACAUCGAUGGCGAAGCGCAUGCGGUGCAGGAAACGAGCGCGCUUGACGUGGCAGCUAGCGAUACCCCCAUCGCCGCUGGAGGAGAAGCGGGCGCAACGCCGCCGUUGCAGUACAGCGCGAAGCGUGACAUCAGUGCUGGGUCCAUGGAGAUGGUCGCCAGCCUCCAGCAGCGCAUCAUCCCCUUGAAAUAUCCGUGGAUAGUGUGCCGUCAACGACUGCUCUACGACCGCCGUGCAAAUUGCACCAAGGUUGAUGCCGACCGCGGCAAACACGCUGAAACCUGGUUCCGACCGCUCGCCUACGACGCAGAGCAGCGUCGCACGCUCGUGGCCUGCAUUCCCGUCACCGGACGGACGCAUCAGAUACGAGUCCAUUUGGAGUCCAUGGGUUAUCCGAUUUGCGGCGACGGCCUCUAUGGCGGCGCAUGGAGUAGCUCGCCACUACCUUUCGCUUCUGCCCAUGAACCAGCGAUACCCGAGAAUGAUCCUCGAACAAUGCUAGACGCGCUGCCGUUCCAGAUACACGGUGCUGCAUCGAAUCCUGCUGUCGAUACCGCCCAGAGUCUGGCUCGAGUCGAGUCAGAGUUCUCGUUGCGCGACGAUGCCCAGGGAGCAGCGAACGGGAACACGGAAGCGCUCGAUUUUGAAUCGACACCUGUCGAUGCCGAUAUCGCUGGCCUAGCGCCCAAGGCUCCCGCACCGUCCCUCGUUGCGCGCUGUCGCGAAGCGUCUUGCACGGCUGUCACGGGAACGUCAACCCGCGCUUGCAUGCGGCAACCGUCAUCGGAGACGCACCACUCGACAGCAUCCUGUCGCGUUUUCCGCAUUGGAUCGCUAGCGGCAGAGCAGAGCCCUCGCUGCGCUCCCGAAGACGAUGCGGCAAGCAUGGGUUGCGUAAUCUGUCCUGCACUGGCGGCGAUUCCAAAUGCCCUUCCAGAGUGCAUUCAUCUGCAUGCGUUUUGCUACGGAACGUUCAUAGCGCCGUUGCCGCAGUGGGCCAUGGUGUACGGACCAGCAUUGCGCCGGCACCAAGAUGGAGAAGGCACAUCCGAACUCGCCGGGUCUAGUGCACUGAGCGACGCAUCCCCAUGA